AAACAUUACCUGGCACGAAGGCCUUACGCGCGCUGAGCGCAACACCUUCAAUGGCCAGCAAGGGCUGACGCUAUGGCUGACUGGCCUGUCGGCCUCGGGCAAGUCUACCGUUGCCACAGCGCUGGAGCAACACCUCCUCCACAACGGAGUCACCGCCUACCGCCUUGACGGUAUGUACUCAGCUUUCCCUGCCUGCAAUUGAAUGCAACUAACCCAAACCUUCUUCCACCCACAAGGCGACAACGUUCGUUUCGGCCUGAACAAGGACUUGGGCUUCUCCGAGGCGGACCGCAACGAGAACAUCCGACGAAUCGCAGAGGUGUCCAAGCUGUUCGCCGACGCCUCGACCGUCGCAAUCACCUCCUUCAUCUCGCCCUACAUCGCCGACCGCGCAUCCGCCCGCGCCUUACACGAGAGCGCCAACCCUCCCAUCCCCUUCAUCGAGGUUCACAUCGACAUCCCGAUCGAGGUGGCCGAACAGCGCGACCCCAAGGGCCUGUACAAGAAGGCGCGCCAGGGCAUCAUCAAGGACUUCACUGGCAUCUCGGCCCCGUACGAGGCUCCCGAGAACCCCGAGAUCAAGAUCCGCACCGAUCAGGUUAGCGUCGAGGACGCCGUCAAGAUCAUUGUCGACUACCUCGAGGAGAAAGGCCUGGUAAAAUUGGCCAAGAAGGCUGAGGCAUAGACGUUCCGUCCGUGUUGGUGGUGCUGAGUGUGUUGAUUUGUUUUGUUUUUUUGUUGUCACACGUGUGUGUGUGUGGGG